CUACAUCCGGUAUAACACGUAAAUUUAGCAAAAUGGCUGGCAUGCAGUUUGAGUACGAUGAAGAAGGGGGAACUUUUUAUUAUUUUCUCCUGUCCUUCUGGGCUUUGGUUCUUUUUCCGGCGACAUAUUAUCUCUGGCCACGGUCCAAAAAAGAAGACGAUGAGGAGAAAAAGAAAAGAGCCUGCAUGUGUCUGCCAUGUCUCGUUAAACAAAAAAGAUUAAAAGAAACUGAACCAUGGGUCAAAGCCAAGCAAAAGAUACUAAAAAUUAUAUUAUUACUGGGCUGGGUGGUAUUUGCCCUAUUAGCCUAUAAAGUGUCGAAAGUGCAGCUUGAUUAUGUUGAAUACGAUCCAUUUAAAGAAUUGGAACUUGAUAGAGCUGCUACGACAGCUGAAAUUAAACGUGCAUACAGAAAACUGAGUUUGAUUUACCAUCCCGAUAAAGAAAAGACUGGUGAUCCUAAGAAAUUUAUGAGAAUAGCCAAAGCUUAUGCUGCAUUGACUGAUGAAGAAUCCAGAAAUAAUUGGAAGGAAUUUGGAAAUCCUGAUGGACCAGGAGUAACCAGAUUUGGAAUAGCUUUACCUAAAUGGAUCGUAGAACGAGAAAAUUCUUUAUGGGUUCUUGGUGUAUAUGGUUUAGUUUUUAUGAUAAUUCUACCAGUAGUUGUCGGUAUAUGGUGGUAUAGAUCUAUAAAAUAUAGUGGAGAUCAGGUUUUACUCGAUACAUCACGUCUAUACUGGUAUUUUAUUAAUAAAACACCCAAUAUGAUACUCAGGCGUGCUGUGAUGAUUUUAGCGGCAUCCUUUGAGUUUGAUAAAUUUCACAAUAGUGAGGUUGUAGAGAGGCCGAGUGAUAACGAACAGAUACCAGCAUUGAUGAAAAUGUUACCUCACAUGCAGGAGAAGAAUAAAGAAAGACCACUGUGUUAUCCUUACAGUGUCAAGGCCAGAGCUCUGUUAAUGGCUCAGUUUCAGAGAAUAGAUUUACCCCCAAAUGAUCAAGAUAUAGAUCGUCAGUAUAUAUUGAAGAAAUGUCCGUAUCUGAUCAAUGAAAUGAUUAAUAUUUGUGCUAAUCAAGUUUCCAUGGCAAUGGCAGGCAGAAUUCAUAAAGCUCCCCGAUUGGAUACGAUUGAAAAUAUAAUGAAGCUGAGUCAGAUGACGAUACAAGCUGUAGAAGAAAAAUCUAGUCCAUUCUUACAAUUACCUCAUAUGACCAAUGAUAUGUUACGACAACUUAGUCGAGGCAAGAAACCUGUGAGAUGUUUGAAGGAUGUAGCUAUGUUAAAGGAAGAAGACAGACGACCAUUAUUCCGUAGUCUUGGUGAUGAUGAGUAUUUAGAUAUUAUCAGUGUAAUAGCCAAGAUGCCUGACGUAGAAAUGACGAUAAAUACUGAAGUUUUAGAUGAUGAAGAUAAUUCUGUAACGGCUGGAUCUAUCGUCACGGUAACGGUAAUAUUAAAACGACGUCCAUUAGAAGAUCUGUUAAAAGGGGAGAGAACUAAGAAAUCAGUUGAAGAAACGGCUAAAGAUGGUGAUGAGGAAAUCGAAGGAGAUGAAAAUGGUGAAAAAGAGGUUGUAGAGGGCGCCGAAGGUAACGCACCUUCAGUUUGGGAUAAAAGGCGAGGUAAAGGAAAGAAAAAACCAAACCCCGAAAGUAGAAAAGCUCAAUAUAAGGAAAGAAAAGCCAAGGCUCGGGCUGCGGAAAUGGAAGCAAUUAAUAAAUUACAGAAAGAAAAAGAAGAACAAAAUGGUCCAGUUAAACAGAAAUCCCCAAAACCUAAAAAAGUAGCGAGUGAGGAAGUGGAAGAAGGAGAAGAAGUAGAACACGAUUCAGAAUCUGACGAGGAGGGUAAUAAAAAAUCUACUGGAGAAGAUGAUGAUGAAGAUUGGUCCAAAUUUCAACAACAGUCAAAAAAAGAAAAUUCUUUAGAAACUAAAAUAAAAGAAAGUCAUCCAGUUCACUGUCCAUAUUUCCCUACAGAUAAACAUGAGUGGUGGUGGUUAUAUAUGGCUGAUAGAAAGAGACAUUUAUUAAUAACAGCACCAGUACAGAUCUGUAGUUUAAAAACAGAAGAAGAGAUUCAGUUGAAGUUUUGUGCCCCAAGCACACCAGGUGUAUAUCAGUAUUCAGUUCAUCUUCGCUCAGAUUCUUAUUUUGUUGAUUUCGAUAAAUUUGUUAAUUUUAAGAUUGAUGUGAAGAAAGCGAAACCUGUUGAAGAUCAUCCACAAUGGGAUAUAUCAGAUGAUGAGGACGAGCAUGAUCACGAUGAUGAUGUCGACACAGAAGACGAUUCAGAUUAUGAUACGGAAGAUGAUUCAGAAUAAAUUUAUUGUUUAACAUCACAAAAUCUAUAAGAAUAAAAUCAGAAAUUGAAGAUGUGAAUACAGAAAGGAAUGCAAAUUAUAUUAUUUUUUUGCGCAGACUUCAAAGUUUUUUUUUUUUUAAGUCACUCAUAUUUUUGUUGGCAUUCGUAGAUCUCUUGUCAUUCAUUCAUUAAUCAUAAAUUAUUUCACAUACGAUGACCUACAUGUAUAUAUCAAAUUCCUUAAAAAAAUAAGUGUGUGACUGAUUUCAAAAUUUCUCAGAAAAUGGUAAAUGUUUCUAGAGUAAUUGAAUUCUAAGAGUAACAGUCGAAAAAAAGCAGUAGAAUUACUUAAAUACUAUUAAAUAAUAAUUACUUCACAGAUGUUGAAUUACUUAAGAUUUGUAGAAUUACUUAGGUUUGAGUAGUCCUCAAAACAAUUGUAGAAUUACUCAGAUUUGAGUAAACCUCAAAACUAUUGUAGGAUUACUCCGGUUUGAGUAAAAGUCAAAACAAUUAUAGAAUUACUCAGAUUUGAGUAAAAGUCAAAACAAUUGUAGAAUUACUCAGAUUUGAGUUAAAGUCAAAACAAUUGUAGAAUUACUCAGAUUUGAGUUAAAGUCAAAACAGUUGUAGAAUUACUCAGAUUUGAGUAAACCUCAAAAGAAUUAUAGAAUUACUCAAAUUUGAGUAAAAGUCAAAACAAUUGUAGAAUUACUCAGAUUUAUAACAAUUACAAGAUGAAGAAGAGAAAUGUCAAGCUGGGCAUUAUGAAUUAAGAUGAGUUUUGUUCAAUAUUUACUUGAAGAAGAAAAGGUGAGGAAUUACUCAAAAACAAUCGUGAUAGGUUUUAGAAUUUCUAAAAAUAUGGCAUUAAUUUAGAUGAGUUUAUUGAAAAUAAAGUCAAGUUGGGCAUUAAACAUGCAUUAUGCAAGAGCUAAAUUUUCCUGUUGCAGGUCUUUCUUUAGGCCUAAAAUGUUAUAUAAAUUAUUAAUUGGACAUUUAUUAACAUGAAAAGACCAUAAUCAACUCUCGAUGCCAUUGCUAGGCUGUGAUAUUUACUGGAUUAAAACCAGAUCCGCUGCUUCUGAUUAAAUAAAAAAAUGGAUAAUCGAGACUAUGUUUUUAAUUGUACCGACUUUAGUAAUGAUGAUUGAGGAUAGGCCUAAAAUUCAAUCGCUAAUAUCUUGGUUCAGAGUGGAUCAAUUUGACUGAAAUUUUCAGCAAAUUGCCUUUACAUUGUCUAGUUUUUAACUAUUAUAGUAAGAACUGCCAGCUCAUUAUCUAAUCUCUCAUAAUGUAUCUUUCUAUUAGUCAUAGAAAUGUUGCAAUAUAUCACUGAAUUAUAUUUGUUUUUUAAAAUUAUUUCUCUGCCCUUUUCUCUCUGGAUCACCUGCUUAUAUAGUCUUUAAUUAGGGAGGGUUUUCAAAAAACAUUUAAACAUACAUUAUGCAAGAGCUAAAUCUGCCUAUUACAGGUCUUUCUUUAAAGGACAAACACGAGUUAUCCUUCUGUAUAACAGACUGAAGUAACGAGCGAUAACAGACAAAUGAUCGAAUUUCAUUUGACUGAUAAUUCAGUUGAAGAUGAAAUGUUGUUAUAUGACACGGUGAGAGGGUAUCUCACAAUUCAAAAAAAGAAUUGGCUGUCAGUAGAUAAAAGAUAACUAACAAAUUUGAAAAAGUCCGUGCAUUACCAUGUUUUUAUUAAGAACGGAAUGAAUAAAGAUGGGGGAAUGCACAGGAUUUUUCUAUUUUUCUCGUUUUCCCUUAUCUAGUGACAGCCAAUUCUAUUUUUGAAUUGUGAGAUACCCUCUCACCGUCCCAUAUAAUACAUUUUCAUCUUCAACGGAAUUAUCAGUGAAAUGAAAUUCGAUCGUUUGUUUGUUAUCGCUUGUUACUUCAGUCAGUUAUAUAGAAGCAUAACUCGUGUUUGUCAUGUUUGGCGUCACUUCCCGUUUCUUCACGUGCUUGUUACACAUCUACCAUAGCAAUGAUCUUUGUGUUAAAAUUAUAUUUGGAAUGUAUUUAACCAGUUCUAUCACAAAUUUAAUAAUGACUGACACCAAUAUUGUCCUUUAAGCUUGAAAUGUCAUAUAAACUAUUGAUUAGAUAUUAAUUGACCAUGUGUCAGAUUUUCACUGGAUUGGAAUCCAAUCUGCUGCUCAACGCUUUUUGAUGAUUAAAUCCAAAAAAUGGAUAAUUGAAAUUAUAUGUUUUUUAUCAUACAGGCUUUAUUAAUCAUUUGCGAGGCUAGGCUUAAAAUUCAAAAGCUAAUAUCUCGGCUCCCUCUGGGUUCUUAACUGAUAUAAUAUGUAUAUAAUUUAUAUUUAAAUGUAUUUAUUGAUUGUGUAUAUGGUAUAUUUUGAUUGAUGUUCUAUUAGAUGAUUAAAUGGGAUUGGUGGGGGAGGGGAGGGGAUUCACGCCUUCAUGCUCAUUUUGUAUAAUUGACCAGAUAGAAAUCGUAAAAGGACAAACAUCAUUCCUUAUUAAACUGGUUAUCUUUAUAGAUAUGCCUUUGAGAAUAAUUAUAUAUUCACGUCUAUAAAGCAAUCAAUUGCCAUUGAUAGAUUUUCUAGGGUAAUGAUAGUUUGCUGAUGGGAUAAAAUGAUAUUUGUUCAACUAACAGUGGAGUUAACCCCCCUACCUAGUAACACAUGACAAAAUAUUGUUUUAUCCUUAAAAUAAACAUAUCUGUAAAUAUCAUGAAUUCCAUAUUUGGUUGCAGGCCCGUAGCUAGUGGGAAGGCAAGGGGGGCAGCCCAACCAAUGUCACUCGGCCUUAUGGGGGGGGCCCAUAUUGAUAUGGGCACAUUUGUCGUUGGUUUCGUGUUGCGUCCAGUGGAAAGGUAAGGUGCGGUUCGUCCACCACCCCUGCUACGGGCCUGGGUUGGCAUAAAAGGUUGUAAUUACACACAUUUUUGGUGAAGUCUUCAUAUUUUUUUUUUUUUUUAUACAAAUAUUUCAGAAUCAUAGUUUACUCAAAAAAUUCUGCUGAAUUUCUAUUAAAUCAAAAUGAAAGUUCAUUAAUAUGAUGCAUGUAUAAUUACAAUACAAGCCAAUGUUGUUUUCAUUCAUUAAGAAUUCUGUAUAUUGAAUUUUAUUUAAUUAAAAUGUGUAUUCAUCAAAUAAAAUAUUGUUCAUAUUAA